UAAAUAUGUAUUUAAUAUUAAUUUAAUCUUUUCAAUUCCAAAUAACAUACAUUCGUCCUUUAUUUCUAUUGUAAUAAUGCAUGGCGCGCGCGCGAGGAAGAGAAUUAUCUGUCCUAUAUCAGAUUAUAUCUUUCAAAACUAAAUAAACAAAUUGCAUUUACAUCGUUAACAUUUUUAUUUACAAAAGUGUAACAACUGAAUUUUUCCUUUUUUUUUUUUUUUUGUUUUUAAAAUGAGUGGCACAGAAGAAGAAAAUGUCGCUGAUUUGGUUCAAAAAAUGAUUAUUUCGUUUUUCGGUGAACAGAAACCAGAACUUCUUAGAAGAUUUAUGAGAUUCUCCUUGGAGUUGUUUUCAUCUAUUCAAGGAGUAGAAACGUUAAGAGAAGAUGAAAUAUUGGUUGCCAGUUCUAUAAGAAGUAAAUUGUCAUCUCAAGAUGCAAUGCGAUUUGACAAGUUGCACAAUGAUCUGAGAAUUGGGCCCUUGAGAAACCGUAUAAGUGUUUUAGUAUUUCUACUAAACUUAAAUCAAACAACUGAGCAAAGAAGAGACAAACUUUUUUCUUUUCCAGACAUAAAGUCUAAUUUAAAUACUCCUAUUGUAUCUAUUAGCGGACAACCAUCUCAAUCCUCAUGGAGUCAGGCACAGCAGGUUGUGUCGAUAAAUACUAUGGAAACAAAUUUACGUGGUCCUCUUGUAAAUCAAAACAAUGUAUUUCGAGAAGAAUAUGUUUCAGAAGAUGUAUUGAUACAAGACCUAAUAUAUUGUUUCCAAGGUAUCGAAGGAAAAUUUUUAAAAUUAGAUUCAAAUUAUGGAUUUCAAAUUGACCCUGUAGCAAACAUCAGUAGUUCACAAAAGCAAGCUGUUUUAAGAUUGAGCGAGCUUGGAUAUUUAUAUAACACUUUACGCAGAAGUGCAGAAAGAAUAUCUGCAGCAGGUAUUGGUAGAGUUGCAGAAAGUUUUGUUGCAGUAUUGCAAAAAGAAUUAUCAGAAUAUUAUAAGUUCAUUGCUAUAAUGCAGGAAGAGGUAAACAGGUCACAAAAUCAGCUGGGUUACUACGGAAUUACACUUUCGCACUUACAUAUUUGGGCAUAUGAUCCCUUGGAAACUUUGAAAUGGCUAGCAAGUGUAACCAGAGCUUGUCAAGGCCAAAAAGGAGGAUUACUAGCUUCAACUAUAUAUGAAUUUAGUUAUCAUGGCGAUGCAAAUGCAAAAAAAUUAAUGAAAAGAAUAUUGGAAAGCGUUUGCGUUCCUCUAUAUAAUAUGCUGAUGAGAUGGAUCACAGAUGGACAAUUGGAUGAUCCAUACAAUGAGUUUUUUAUUGAAACAUGCGCAGAUGUAGCAGGAGAUAGAAUGUGGCAUGAAAAAUAUCAAGUUAGAAAUGCAAUGGUACCUUCUUUUAUUACUAAAGGACAAGCAAAAAUGAUAUUAGGAACAGGAAAAAGUAUUAAUUUUUUACGUGAAGUAUGUAAAGAUUUUUCACCAUGGCAACAAGGCAGAGAAACGGAAAUGUUUAAAAAUACGGAAGACCAAUAUAAUGCAGUUGAGAUAUUCCUUGAUAUGGAUCCAGAUGGUCGUUUACAAACGAUUAUGGAUGGAAUUUAUAAGGAAACAUCUACAAGAGUUGUUGAAAUUUUAACGAAACAAUGUCAUCUUCUUGAUCACUUACAAGGAAUAAAAAGUUAUUUAUUACUUGGCCAAGGACACUUUAUCCAACACCUUAUGCACUUAUUAGAGCCAGAAUUAGCAAAACCAGCAAAUUCUUUAUAUCCACAUAACAUAUCGUCCAUAUUGGAAACAGCAAUAAGAGCAACAAGUACAAAUUUAGAAGAUGUAGAUGUGCAAAGACGUUUAGAUGUCAGAUUGUUAGGACCUUCGGAUAAUGAAACAGGAUGGGAUAUAUUUAUAUUGGAUUAUAAUGUUGAUGGACCUAUAGGAACUAUUUUGGAGCCGUGUAGUCAGACUUAUCAAACAGUAUUUUUUGCAUUAUGGAGAGCAAAAAGAAUGGAAUCAAUAUUAUCUGCAAUAUGGAAGCAACAAAUUACGUCAGCAAAAAUAUUUCGAAAAAUGCCAGAAAUUUUGCCAAUUCAAAAUCAAAUUCAUCUUAUUACAAGCAGUAUGGUUCAUUUGGUUCAUCAAUUGCAGUAUUAUUUUUUAUUUGAGGUAAUUGAGUGUUCUUGGGAUGCAUUUAAUAAACAACUUGGACAAGCAUCUUCGCUUGAUGAAAUAAUAACUGCUCAUGAUCAAUUUGUAGAUGCAGUAAGACGUGGCAUCUUAUUGGAUGAAAAAUCUCAAGAAUUAAUGGAUCAUCUACGUUCUGUCUAUAGUCCAAUUCUAGACUUACAAAGUCUUGUAGAAACGUUUCUUAUACGUGCUACUCAAGAACAUGAAGCAAAGUUGUCUGCUGAUAAUUUCUCACAAGUCGUAAGUGAACAAACAAAAUCAUGGGGACGUAGCACUGCUAAUGAUAUAGAUACUAAAGAACGCCAAACAGCAUUCUUAAAAUAUUUGAACACUCUAUCUAUUCAACUAAGAUUAUUGUACAGAACUUAUCAGGAUAGAGUGAAAAAAUUUCUAUUAAUGCUUGCCUUUGCGGAAGAUGUUUCUUUGCAAUUACUCAGCGUACGACUAGAUUUUAACGAAUAUUAUAAAAGAAAAGAUAGCCGAUUAGUUGUGCCAUUGACGUAUCAGCAUCGUAGGCAGAGCGAUCAAAGUUUUCUUAUCACUAAAUGAAGGCUAUUAAUAAUAAUAAAAGAGAUUUACUAAAACUUUUGUAUACGCAAACUGUGUUUGUUAUACAUUUUAGGUGUGCGCACGCGCACACACAACUAAAUUUAUAUAUACACACACACACAUAUGUA